AUGGACACAGAGUUGGACAGCUCAUAUAUACUUUUAGAGAGCAAAGAACAGGACCUUCCCACGCCUACAGUAGAAAAAGUGGAGCCACUGGGAGAGCAUCCAUUCCCAGGAAAAGAUGUGCACAGAGUAUACCCAGCAUCAGAUGAAAAGAUUCCUAAAGAAAUUCCCAGGCAGUGCGAGGAUUCACACCAAAAAAACUUGUCUCUAGAAAAGAACCUAUGCGAGCAGGAGAACAGUGAAAAGCACAGACGAGUGGACACAGACAACCAGAUUGAGGCCUCUGUGGUAAGCACUGCUCCAGAGCCAGAUAAAAGCAAGAACGGCGCAGACCACAGCACAGUAUUUAAUACAACAGACAAUGCAUCACCGAACAGAAAUAAAAUGAAAAGAAAGUACGCAGAGCAGGAUAAGUUCAUUAAUAUUCUUACACCAAAGAAAGAGAAAAGCACAAUAUUUUUGACUCCUGUGAAAAGAACCAGACGGUCGGUUAUUAAUGGGCUCAAGACAGGAAAUAUAAAGCUAUUUGAUAAUUCUGUAGAGGUCAGAGAUAAUAAUACACCGUACACGUCCCUUGUAGAGUGCUUUAAAAGACUUGAGAAAGCAGAAAGAACAGAGCGCAGGGAUAGCAUUGAUAGAAUAGUUAGGAAAUACUCAAAUGAGAAUAAAUAACACCGGAAUCCCAGACAUCUAUAAAUUUAUGUUGUACUUCCUUACUAAGAGCACAGAAAUUAUC